GGUUGAUCAGGCUGGCAAGCGGGGCGGUGUUGGCUUCGCCUCAAAGUGUCGCACCCGAAGAAUCCGAUGGAAACACAAUUCUGUUCUUUUCCACAUCCGAUAGAGCUCAUCUUGCAUCCGUUGCUGGAUAAUACUGAUUGUCGAGUCCCUCGUGUUUGAAGCAUCUCUCCUGAGUCGCGAGGGCCCACAUGGAUCCUUUCUCUAUCUCAGCUAGCAUUGCGGGACUGGUUUCCCUCGCUGAUCUGGUGUUCCGAACUGCCACGAAAUACGUCAAAGGUGUCCGAGGAUCACGUCAGGAAAUCACAGAUUUGUUGGGCGAGGUGAAAAGCGUCUCCCUCCUGCUGCACAACCUGUCGUUGGUUGCGUUCGAACUAGAAAGCGACUCUGCCACUGGCGAAACCGCCGCCGAACAAUCCCACCAUGUCAAGCCACACCAUCUCCAUGGCUGCCAAAAGCUGCUCAAAAGACUCGAAACCGGUCUGACUGAUGCAAAUACGAAUCUGGAGUCCAAGUCUUCGUUCACCAGGAUACAACGCCGUCUAAAAUGGCCCUUCUCGUCGACCGAAACAAAAGAAAUCCUCCAGGAAAUUCAGCGUCAUAACCAAACCAUCAGUCUUGCACUGGCAGCGGAUUCCAUAUCCCAGUUGAGAAAGCUGUUGUCUCGACAAGAGGAAACAUCAAAUCGCAUCAAGAGUCUACAAGUCACGGCCAAGCAGAUCCUUGAUAUCGAGACAAAGAUCUUCCUGGAUGAAAAGAGACGCCGCGUUCUUCAAUUAUUCUCAAAGGUCAACCCACGCUCGGAAUUUGCGACUGUCAAGAAAUUGCGCCAUCCCCUUACCGGCCUUUGGCUAACAGAGGGUCCUGAGUUUGGGGAAUGGUACCGUACGCCAAACGCCAGGAUCUGGAUCACUGGUAUCCCCGGGGCUGGAAAGUCCGUGAUAGCAGGAGCUGUAAUCCAAGAGUGUCUUCAGCGAACCAAGACAAACCCUGGAACAGCCGUGGCCUACUUCUUUUGCAACUACAGAGAUCCAAAAUCCCAUGAAUCUUCCAGCAUACUCGCAUCACUAGCCUCUCAGCUGGCUCAGCAAAACGAAACCGCCUACAGAUUGCUGGAAGAGUACUACGAUGACCUACGACCAGAAGAUAAUCUCUCAGCAGAUCCGACGGCAGAGGAGUUGAUUGAAGUCAUUUGCGAGAUGUCUACCUCCUAUAAUCAAGUCUAUUUGAUUGUUGAUGGACUCGAUGAGUGUGAUAAACAAGUGGACGCGACUUUGAGAGAUUUGCUAGCUCUUGCCAUGACACAAACUCAUGACCUCAUCAACAUUGCUCUACUCAGCCGAGACGAACUCCUGAUUCGACACCAAGUAGAAGAUCAUUUUUAUUGUGUCGAAAUGGAAGCCCGUACUGAGGACAUUCAAAUAUACGUGGCCUCGGAGCUAGAACACCGCAUCAGUUUGGGAAGAUUAAGGUUUCGUGACAUUGAAUUGAAAGAUCAUAUUAUGGUCCGGCUAGUGGGUGGAGCUAAAGGAAUGUUUCGGUGGGUGGCUUGCCAGCUGGACCAUAUUUGCGAGCUUCCAACGGACAGAGCCCGUCGAGAAGCCUUGGAAAAGUUACCGCCGACCUUACCCGGCACCUAUGAGCGUAUUCUCAUGAGGCUUGAAGAGUCCAGUGAAGCUGUGAGAAACCUUGUACGAAGAGCCCUGCAGCUGAUUGCGGUUCGUCAUGUCGAAAAACUCAGAUUUGAAGAGAUCUGCGAAGCACUAUCGAUUUCAGAUGACUCAGACACUUUCCAUGAUGAUGAGACUGUGGAAAAGUGCGAAGUUCUUCAAUGGUGUGGCAGUCUCAUUCGAGCAUCCCAUCAAGACCAUGUCGUUGAAUUUGCGCAUUAUACAGUCCAGGAAUUUCUUGAAGACAUUUGUCCCACACAUCCAAAGCUUAGCACCUAUGCCAUCUCUGACGAAAAGGCCUACGACUUACUGGGAUCGCUCUGCCUCCGCUACCUAACACUGACGAACUAUGAUCGAGCGCCGGAAGCAACCCAGAGCGAGAUUCAUCACAUCAUGAAAAGAAAAGAGCUCCAUCCCCUAUACGAACAUGCCGCCGUGUACUGGCCAUAUUACAUUCAACGCUUUUCAAACGGAAGUCCGACCCCGACACAUCUCAAUGUGCUGUUCCGGAAUGAAAAGACGGCGAACUUUUGCUCAUGGACAAUAGAAAUAAUUCACCAAUAUUUCUCGAAGUGGUCAAAGAAUUCUCACAUAUCAUCGCAACACUUUGAAAAGGGCUCUGAAGUCGCGAUCGAGAUCAUUGCUGCUGUUCUCAGACCAGAUUUCACUCCCCUCCAUAUGGCAGCCAUAUUAGGAUUGUCAGAUCUUUGCGCUCACCUAUUGGAGAAAGGAGCAAAUGUGAAUCUGAGGAGCAAGUUUGGUACCCCGUUGCAAUGUGCGAUUGGUUGUUUCACGGUGUUUUCGGAUUCCGAGUCUCCCAGCCAAUUCGAGUCAAUUGUUAAAGUGAAGCGUCGGGCAGAUUUCAUUUCCGAGACAGCAAGACAGACGACGGCUCAAUUAUUAGUUCAAGCAGGGGCAAAAGCCGAAUUACGAUUCACUACACCCUUCAGAAACUCGACAGUCUUAUCUCUCGCUCUUAUGUCAUCUCGGUUAAGACCGGGUUUUGAGAUGGUAGUUUACUUUCUCAAGGCCGGAAUUGCCGUGGAAGAGGAAGACUUGGAGACUUUCCGGCGCUCCUAUGGAUACAUUUCUCGUGAAACACUGGAUGAUCUUCAGAGAAUGUUUGAUGGUGGAAGGGUGUUUUCGGAGUUGCUGUCGGCGCUUGGAGAGUCAGGUACGGCAUCGAUUGUGCAGUCCCGUCUAUACAGCAUGACUCUCAGAUUCAUGAAUGAGAAGAAACUGGACACACAUGGAAUAUCUUCGGAGGUGCUUCCCGGACACAACGCAUCUGAGGAUGAGGUUUGCGCUUUCAUCACCUCUGCUAUCAAACGAAAUGAUAUACCUACACUGAAGAUGUUCCUUGGAAGCAGUCGAUCGGAACGGGUGAAACACGGUGGACUUGAUGCCUCGGACCCAGAUCCCAAUUGGACCUCACUUCACAUUGCGAUCUCGGCGGGAUCACUGGAUGCGCUCGAUCUGCUGCUUCGCUCAGGAUGCGACCCAAACAGCCAAUCAGAAGAUGGUAGAACACCUGUUCAUUUCUGUUGCGAAAAUGAGCAUGAAGACGCUCUUCGAACGCUGCUGCGAUUUGACGCCUCCACCAUCAUACAAGACAAGGAUCUACAGACCGUUUGGCACCGAAGCGCCGCAGCAAACUCCACCAGGAUUUUGAAGGUUCUCAUCGAACUUGAUAGAAACGACAAAGCGUUGCAAAUGGUGUCUGGCAGACAUGAGACGCCGAUCGGUACAGCACUCGCCAAUGAACACGGAGAGUCCACUCUUUUCCUUCUGAAAUAUUGCAACUCUGCCGAAUUUUGGAAGAGCGGAAGAUCUAUGUAUCGAGCAGCGGCUGCGAUAGGUUUCCCGGAAAUCAUCCGAAAAAUGAUUGACAUUGGAAUCGAGGUGGAUGGUAUAGAUGACAUCACAGGCAACCCACUCCAUUUUUUCCACCGAAACCUGAACCCCGAGUCUAUCAAACUUCUCAUGGAGCUCUUUCCUCUACAUCAACGACGACAAGAGGAUUUCAGGACUCCAUUUGAGUUGAUGUUAUCACAAGCCAUGUACAGGCCGGAUGAAGGACUUCAUAAGGAUGUCUAUGAAAUCAUCCUCUCGCAUGCUUCAACGCAUUCAACUCCGCAUGAAGUCAGUAUUUUGUGGUCAUUUAUCGGCUCGGAUAUCAUGCCGCGGGUUGUUAUUGAUCAUAAUGAUUUCAUAUGGCUUCAUGACAUUAUUUCUACCCUUAUCCAGUUGGGAAUUCCGAGGUUGUAUGAGCAGGAAAAGAAGAGUUCGGCCAUCUUACCGUUCAUUUUCUGGGCAAUCGAUGACAUCAAACCAAGGGUUUCAGCCUUCACAAGCGGAGUGCCCACCCCCAAGUACAUUGUCCAAUGGAGAUGGAUCUCCGAGAUCUUACUGCAAAUGAUCAAAGAAACAACAUUCUUGUCCACUGCGGCCAAAGAACCAGCCAUGGUUAACCUUCUAUUGGCGUGUCUUAUCCAUCACGAUAUUGCACUGACGAGUUUGCUGUUGGAGAACGGUGUGGACAUUCAUUCGAGAGUGGACCAGGUGUCUCCGUUUGAAUUUGCCUGCUUUCCUCGAGUGAACCUGGAGGAGCCUAUGUUUCAACUUCUCCUGCGGCACUCCAGAGCAGACGAAAUGUUCCGAGGGAAUGAAACCUUGCAAAGGCGUGGAGUUGUUCACUUCACUGCAGGCUCUGCAGCUAUCGGCGGCUCGGUUUCAAUUCUAAAGUGCCUACUAAGGACCGGAGUUGAUGUGAAUUUGCUAAUUGCCGAGACUGGUGUAUCACCACUUUUGCAUCACAUUUACUGUAACUCCCUCGACACUGUGGAAGUUCUGUUCAAUUUUGGAGCUGAUCCAUGGGCUACGGGUGGAGAGUCUUUUGACGCACCGCUGACAGCAAUCGUGACUGGUCAAUCGUCACUGCUGCCAAUGAUUGCAGCUGUCUGUGAGGACAAAGGUCUCACUCCUCUGUGGGCUCGAACCUGGAAGGCCUCUUGGCAUGGAAAGCUAUUUUCUGGUGGAAAUGCUCUCCAUUUGGCUGCUUGCUUUGGCGAACUCGAAUGUUUGAAGUUCUACUUGGAUGGGGGCCUCUUGAGCAACAUUAACGUCACGGAUGAUGACCUCGAGACCCCCAUGCACUACGCAGCUCGAUUUGGGAAGGCAGAAGUCAUUGAAUUCCUCCAUGCUCAUGGUGGAAAUAUCAACGCUACCUGUCGCUCUGGACUCACCCCAUUGCAUUUAUCAACUAUGCUUCAACAGUUGGAUGCCACACAAGCCUUGGUAAAGCUUGGUUCAAAUCACAUUCCCUGCUCUUCUGGAUGCGUCCCUCUCGUGUACGCUUACAGAACUGGUAACCCCGAUAUCAUCAGUGCUCUAGAGUCUUCCGAUGAGUCUGCUCGGAACAGCCACUCAAUAAGUAAUCCCAGAGGUCUUCGAGCUAUAGCAGAUUUGUUUUCUGCUGCGAUUCGAAACAAUGACAUCACUGCUUGCGAGAACGUGGUUGCCCUUGGGUGUCCGAUUGAUGUCGAGUUAACCCAGCCCCCAGGCAUCCAACCCUUGAUGCAUGCUAUCAGUGAGCACAAGAGCCUCGAGGUGGUGAAUUGGCUGCUCCAAAAGGGUGCAACUGUCUCUACAACCUACGAGGAAGGUUUGUUCUCGACCGCCCUUGAGGCUGCUCUGGCGCAACCGAUCUACAACUCACUCAUACCCACCAUGACCACUCAGUAUUUUGAUGAGGGAGGCAAAUUCCUUAACCUGCCGCGCAGCCCCCUGCACACUGCUGCGAAUCACGGAAAUGUUACCGGACUCCGGGAGCUUUUGAAUGCCUUUCGCCAAGUACACCUGCGCAGGGAAACAGCAAUUCUACAGGAAAAUGAAAUACCAAUGACCAGCCAACAUCUUGAAGAGAUUCUUGCCGCGAUCGUCAACCAAAGAGAUACUAGCAAUGGAGGCAAUACGCCACUUCAUCUGGCAGCGAGAAGGAACGACGUCCAUCUGGUCCAGGUCCUCCUCGACAAUUUCGCGAAUAUUGAGGAAAUGGAUAACUACAACAGCACACCAUUGCACACUGCCACUUUAAACGGAUCGACAGAGGUUGUUCAAUUACUUCUGAGAUAUGGCGCCUGUCCCGAUGUCUUCAAUCUCCAUGCUAGGACACCGUUGAUGCUUGCUUGCGCACAUAGCACCUGGGAAACAGUCAAACUUCUAUCUGAGAAGAGCGCCCGUGGUGUGGUCUCAGGUUAUUUGGAUCAAACACCAUUGGAUUACAUGCUUGGUGUCCAGGCAAACCUUCCGGAUUGCCACCCUGAUGUCCGGAUCUUCAAUUUCCUACUCGACAAAGGGAAUCAUUCGCAUUUCAGAAAUCUUUUGGGGCCCUCCGAGGUCUGCCACCUCCUAUCCAAUCAUUCUCGGGUCCACUUGCGAUCUUUACUGGGCACAGAUGCUACAUCCAUCAUAACUGGGAAGAUUAAAUGGCCUCGCCCUCACUUUGGAGGUAAUUUACAGCCAUCAAGCAACCUGAUCGCAGCAACAAGAAAUUUUCGUCUUCUUCGUCACUAUCUCAGCAAAGAUGAACUACACGAAACGUCAGAUCUUUCAAGGCCGGGAAAUCAUAACCUCUUUUGCACAGCUGCUUGUUGGGGGGUGGUCCAAGCAAUCCAGAACUUGCUUGCGAUCGGAGCUAAUAUUGAUCAACAAUGCUGCGAACACGGCACGCCUUUGAUGGCCGCAGCUUCAUGUCGCAAGUUCGAAACAGUCAAAUUCCUCGUCCGUCAAGGAGCUAAGGCAAUGUAUGAGGACAAUGGAUUGGGGGUAGGUGGGAUCAGGGUUGCAAGUUAUGGUUGGCCAAUCAUGAAUUGGCUGCUGGUAACUCGUCAUACUGAGCAGCCGAAACUUACGAAUACUAUUUCUGGUGAACCAACCGGGAAUUUCGCCAACUGGUCAGGAGGCUCGACCGUUGAGGUGCCGUUGAAGUGGGAAUGGAGGAAAAGGCGAGAUGAGACAAUGCUGGAAUAUGCCAGGAGACGGCAGGCAAUCGUGUUGAAGCUGAGAGGGAGAGUACUGUUUGUAAACUAAGGAGUCCAUGAAUUCAAGCUCGCUCGCGCCGGCAGGUUAACACCUUAGAUAUUUGUCC